AUGCCAUCACACAUUAAUCCCCGGCCAACAGCACCUACUUUUGCCGAACGAUCUGACCACGUCAAUUGCGCCGAACACUUGUGUCGUAGUCUGACGUUAUCUUGCAAUCUAUCAGAGAACGCAGAGCCAGCCACAGUCACAUUGAAUCCAUUCGGACGGACUCCAUUCGGCCUCAACUCGAUGUACGGACAGCGGCCCCCAAAUGCAGCAGAGUAUGAGGAGUUUCUGCGGUGGAAAGCCUUACAACAAGCACCCGACCCGGCAUCGGGAGGACAGCAGUCCACGCUGCCGCCGUCAUUCAUGCCUCAACCACAGGCGCUAGCACCAGCAGUCGCGAAUACAUUGCCGCCUGCGAUGAGGGUAGCACAGCAUUCCGUGAUCGAUGCAAGGACCGGCGUCCCAUACUUCAACAUUACAAAGACCAGUAGUGCGUCGAGUUCGCUUAGUGGAACUGCGAAGUAUGAAGUGGUCCGCGCCGGGGAGAUUACGCCAAUGGCCACCAUCAAAGGGGAUACCUUGAGGCUAGGAAUAGGCGACAAGCUUGAGGUGAAUGGUCGAGCCAUCAAGAUCAAGACUGACCACGGCAUCACGAGCUCAAGUCCAACUUUCGAGUCUGCGACGGGCGUAAAAUGGUACUGGAUCUGGACCAAAGAAGGGCUGGUCCUAACGGACAAAUUGGGUGGUAAAGCUAAGCCAGAGCAUACGAUUGCGAGAGUGCAAGGCGAUGUGCUGGUAUUUGAAGGGAGCACGGGUGUAUCCUUUGUCCCUCAGGUCAUUGACGAGAUUGUUGUGACGUGCUUGAAUAUGAUCAUUGUAGGGACGAAGAGAAAGGAGUCGGAUAAGGCUGGCUUGGAGGCGCUGGGUGAGGUGAUUGGAACUGUCGCAUCGUAG